CGGAAGAAUGUAUGAACUAAAUCGCCGGUUCAUUUUUGUUAUGAGAAUAUUGGGCUUAGGGCUCGCCGGAUGCAAGAAAUUCUGCGGUUUGAUGGACAUAAGCAGUUCAUUUUUAAACCAGUCUACAUACGAUUUUUAUAUUGAUAAAAUACAUGAGUGUAUUGAGACAGUUACUCAGACUCUAUUCUCAUCUGCUGCUGAAGAAGAAAAACAAUUUACAAAUAUUGAAAACGAUUUACAAGAUACGACAGAUGUGAGUGUUUCCGGUGACGGUACCAACGGUAACAACGAGAGCUUCAACCAGUUGAUCUGGAAAAUUACUCCAAAAAUACUUCCUGCUGGUUCAAAGAUUGUUAAUAUUGCGGCAUUGGUCGCUGCUUGUAUCUUCAAUGAAGGAACAUCAGCUUUAUUAUUGAUUAUGCACGGUAUGGAUUUAAAAUUAGGCCGAAACUCCCACGAAUAUGCCCGAAUUUCGGAUGAAAACCGUGUAUGCGCAGCCGAAAAAAAAUCUGCGAGCGAGACUCGCGAAGCCAGAAUCCGUCAUCGACAGGAGCAAAAGGAUGCCCUGGACAUUGCAACUGCUGCAGGAUCUUUACUUUAUGGCCCAGGAAUCGACGAUUCACUAUGAUUUUGUCAGGAGUUAUGCUGACAACGCAGACGCACCUUUUUUCCGAGGGGUCACCGGAAAUGACGUCACAAUGGAGGAGUUUUAAUUUUUUUUUUUUGAAAAUUUUAGAAAUUAUUCUUUAAAUAUGUAUCUAUAAGACAGAAA